UGCACACCCGCACCUAGGCUCAGUGGUGGCGAGGUGCAUGCGGUGGCAGCACUCUAGGGCGAUCGACUCGCUGGCUCCCUCCACUCGCAGUGAUACACUGCAACUAUCGCCAGGUGCCAGUACGGCAGGCACCCGCGUCUCCAAUAUUUACUUAACUCCCACAACACGCUCUGAGUUGUUUUUCUAAUAGUAAUACUAAUUAUUAUUAUCAUUAUCAUUAUUAUAAUUAUACAAAUGAUAAAAAAGUGUACGGUAAAGCCUCGUCCCCUUGAUCGCAGUCACGUGCUCUCCUCUGUUGCUUCCCUAUUGUGACGAGAGAGAGAGAGAGAGAGAGAGCAUAAAUUAACAUAAGAUCAACAACAUGGUGGAACAAGAUCAUCAACAAUAUCCAGGAGGUGGAGGAACUGAUGUGAUCAACCUCACGAAAAUAGGUGUGGUGGCGGCUGUGGUGGCCGCUGCGGCAUGGUUCGCACAGUCAUGGCUCGGGGCGACGGAGGAAUCGUGUACAAGAAUGAUCCCGUGUAUGACUUUAUUGUGGUGGGGGCCGGCACAGCGGGCAGCGUGGUAGCGGCGCGGCUCAGCGAGACACCCCACCAUCGCGUGCUACUACUGGAAGCGGGCGGGGAAGAGCCAUGGCUCUCCUCCAUUCCCCUCGCCGCACCGCUCCUCCAGGGGUCUCGUUAUGACUGGAAAUACAUGACGAUGCCGCAAAAGAAUUCUUCAGAGGCUCUCGUUGGCAAGCGGUCGGCGUGGCCACGGGGGCGCGUGUUGGGCGGCAGCGGCAGCAUCAACUACAACAUCCACAUGCACGGGUCGCCGCAGGACUUUCAAGCGUGGGAGCAGCAAUACGGUGCCACGGGCUGGGGCUUUGCUGAGAUGAGAAAGUAUGCCAACAAAGCAGAAUGUCUGAGGCUUCGUCCGAAAUUAUUCAAGCAGGAGGAGUGCAGCAUGGAGGUAGUUCCUCUGCAGCAGAAAGGUUGUAGUGGGGGGAGCAAUGGCAGCAGUAAAGAAGAGCAAGGCCACAUGCGGCAGGCUCAGGACGCCGUUCAGUGCUAUGACCCGCCCAUCCGCACAAAGACUGCUUCCUCCACCCUCACCUCCACCUUCCUUGAAGCGGGAAAGGAGCUUGGGCUUCCUGUGGGAAACCUGAAUGAUGACAUCGACUAUGGGGUGAUGGCUGCCCGCACCACUGUGUUCAAGGGACGUCGCUGGAGCUCAUUCACCGGUUACCUCAAGCCCGCCCUCGGCAGACCUAAUCUUCACGUCAUGCUGCACACACAAGUCACAAAGGUUGUGUGGGAUGGAAAACGAGCAGUUGGAGUGGAGUUUAUUCAGUGGGACAAUACCAGGCUGAAUGGCACAGUAUAUGCCCGAGGGGAGGUGAUAUUGAGUGGUGGAGCCAUCAACACUCCUCUUCUUCUCACUCACUCAGGGGUUGGACCAAAGCAUGUGCUAAAGAAGCUGCAGAUUCCAGUGGUGUCUCCUCUGAAAGGUGUGGGCAGCAACUUACAAGACCAUCUCAAUCUGCCACUGUAUGUGUCCUUGGAGAAGCCUGUCUCCCUCAACCUUGCCAAGCUGAGGACCAUUUCUAACUUGUGGAAUUACUUCUUCAAUUCUGGAAAAGGUGACCUUGGGCAGGCAGCCAUUGAGGGUGUGGGGGUGAUGCCAGGGGAGGGGAAGCAGCAGGAGGUGGCGGCCAUUCUCUUCAACAUGGGAGCCGUGGACAAGCAUCUCUAUUCUGAAGUGGCCAAUAUGAAGCUUGAAUACUUUGAGAAGAUGUUCCCGGGUAUGGACAAUCAAAGUCAAGAGGGGUUCAUCUUCCUGGUGACAUGCCUCCACCCUCAGAGCACCGGCCAGCUACAGGUUGUCUCCAGUGAUCCCCGGCAGCCUCCUGUCAUUGACCCUGGCUAUCUCUCCCACCCCGCUGAUCUUCCCUGCAUGAGACAUGCUUUCAAGUUUGGCAUGCGUUUGCUGCGCACAAAGGCCUUCCAAAGCCUUGGGGCAUCUGCUCAUUUGCCUCGCUACAAGGAAUGUGUUGAGGCUGUUGGGGGUGCAGCAGGACCCGGUCCAGGGGAGGAUGCACGAGCCAGGUACAAGGAGUAUGUCAACUGUAUAGUGCGCAUUGGGGGCAUCACUGGUUACCAUCCCCUCGGCACUGCCCGCCUUGGCCAGCCCAAUGAUCCUAAGGCUGUGGUGGAUCUUGACCUUAGAGUGAUUGGGACAGAAAGGUUGCGAGUGGUGGAUGCCUCAGUCAUGCCCACACAGAUCUCUGGCACACCAAACUCUGCCAUCAUUGCCAUAGCAGAGAAAGCUUCAGACCUCAUCAAGGCAUCUUGGACCAACAGCACCCACCUGGUAUCACAGCGGCUGUGCUCCUCAUCCCCAGACUGUGAACAAAAGUUAUUAGCUAAACUGGACAGUUCCUCUGGUUGUGUGCACCCUUCUUUGCUGCUGCUGGUGUUCUUUCUUGUUUUUCAUUCUAUAAACAAUAAUGCUUAAUUUAGUCACCUGAAUCCUGGUAUGUAAUGUACUCAUACUUCAGUCUUCUGUUUUCUGUCAGAGUAUGUCUUUCUUCUUCGUCUUGUGUCAGGUAUUCAUGAUUCUAGUCAGAUUGUCCUUUUAUUCUGUGUGAUUUAAUAUGUUGUAUUUAUUAUAGAAUACAUUUUAUUUAAUGCA